UUUGCAUGAAACAGUCCACGUGCCCUAACCCCUUUCUUCUCUAAUUUUCUCUUUCGUUCCUUAAAACCCAAGAAAAAUACUACUAACAAACAAAUCGAAACGGCCACUCUCUCUAUCGUUUUUAUACCCAAUUACCAGACAAACGAAACCUCACAAAUUCAAUUCAAAUUGCCAAAAAAUUAAUAAAAAACCCAAUAAAAUGAUCUUUACAGAAAACCCAACAAAAAUAAUUUAUUUUGAAUUGAAUAUAUAAAAUAAAGAGCUUUGCACUGUGUUGUUAUAAAGCCCCAUCACCCGUAUCAAAGCUAUUUUGGACUCUGCACCGACUGGGUUGAUUCUACUCUGAUGUGGGGGUGUCUCUCUAUUUCAUGCUAUACAUAUGUACAUUCAGGGUUUAAGGCUCGUUAUCGGGUACUUAAUCUUUGCUCCAUUUCUCUGUUUUGAUGUUUGAUGAGUUGUUUUCUAUGUGUUUUUGAGUUAUCUGAACUGGGUUAUCUUAGAUUUCGGAGUUAGUGAUUGUAUAGUUACAAUAAACCAAAAUCUAUUGGGAAAAACCCUAGUUUUCUUUCUCUUUUUUCAUUUGCUUGAUUGGAUACCCAUUAAUGGCAUUUGAUCAGAACUACAUUCCAAAAGAUCUUAGACCAAUUAAUGUAGCUAGAACUCUACCCGAAGAGCCCCGCAUUGCGGCCAUGGUUCCCGCUGCUACUGGUGCUCCUUCUUCUGCUACAACAACAGCAGCAACAUGUAGAAACCCUGAAUUUUAUUCCAGUCCCGAUGGUUCGAUAUCUCUUUAUUACCCAGCGAAUGUGCCUGAUGCUACAGGUUUUGUAGGUUUAGCAUAUGGUAGUCCUGCCCCUGGGGUUGUCCCGUGGGCCCCACGGUUGACUGUGCCGGUUGGGAGUGUAAAUGUGGGUGCUGUGAAUACCCAAGGUGUUGGAUUUGGUUAUAGCCCCAGUUUUGCCAAUAGGGUUGUUAGUAAUGCCAUUGAUCACUCUGCUAAUGAUAUGGUAGUUGGGGUGGGUGGUUCUCCCCAUUUGAGCAAUAGGGUUAAUGCUCAUGUCAGUAAUGAGUCAACAGGUUUGCCAUUUAGUUACAAUCCUAGUUUGGGGAGCCGUGGUAGUGGAAAUGGGGUUGAUCAUGGGAGUGAAGACGGUGGGGAUGACUCCGCGCCAGGGAAGAAGGUUAAGUUUUUGUGUAGUUUUGGGGGGAAGAUUUUUCCUAGACCAAGCGAUGGUAUGUUGAGAUAUGUUGGCGGACAAACAAGGAUUAUUAGCGUGAGGAGAGAUGCGAGUUUCAAUGAGUUAGCGCAGAAGAUGGAGGAUACUUACGGACAACCUGUGGUUAUCAAAUAUCAGCUUCCUGACGAGGAUCUUGAUGCACUCAUAUCGGUUUCAUGUCCAGAUGAUCUUGAUAAUAUGAUGGACGAGUAUGAGAAGUUAAUUAGGAAGGAUCGUUCAGCUAAGUUGAGGAUUUUUUUAUUUUCGCUUAUGGAGCUUGAUGGAGCUGGCUCGGUGCAAUUAGGGGAUUUACAUGACAGUGGACAAAGAUAUGUUGACGCUGUAAACGGGUUUGGUGACAGUGUUGGAUGUGCUAUUGCUAGGAAGGAUAGUCUGGCUAGUGCAACUUCAACUCAGAACUCCGAGUUUAGUGGGACUGAGGCUGUUGAUAGCUCAGGUCCUGGUCAAGUGGAUGUGAAUGGCGCACCGGUAACCACCAUGUUUUCUCCUAGUGGGAACCCAACAACUCCUCAUGACAAUAACCCAAAAUUUGUGCCAGUGGAAUCUAAUCCUCAAGUUUAUGCCGAUUCAUCUGCAGCAUCUAUGGGCAUUCCCAUUGUCAAAUCUGGUCCUCCCCAAAUUUUGUCCUCUCAACCUGAGGUUGAAUUUGAGAGGUCUGCACCAGUUAGUGUGCCACAACACCAAUUGGGGUUUGAUUUCCAGCAAGCUGUGGUUGGUGUUUCACAACCUGCACCCCAGUUACAGACUUAUGUGGAUUCUCGUCAGGAAAUCGCAAAUCACGCUGAUUACAUGCAUAUGCCUGCCCAUUUAAGAUUUCACAAUGGUCAAUUGAUGGGCUCUGCCGGAUCUGUUUUCACCCAACAGCAGAUUCAUGACAGUAAUGGUGGUGUUACUUCUCGUCCAUUUAUUCCUGCAGUGCAGAUGACAAUGACACCUGCAUCUUCUCAUGUUGCUAUGCGGCCAGCUGUGUUUCAGCAAUUUGUACAACCCCAACAAAAUCACAUGGAACGUUAUUCUGAUGAAAAUACUUUUGGAACUAGGAUUGUCCAGCUUCCUGUUGAUCCAAGUUACAGUACUUAUCAGGCACAGCUUCCACAUGCAAUCAUUGGUGGAGGCUAUGGGUGGCGUCCAGUUCCGCAGACAGAGCAGGUUAUCUACUCAGAUGGAUCAGUACCUCACCAACAGGUAGUUUUUCCCGAGAAAGUUCAGAGACCGGAUGACUGUUUUAUGUGUCAGAAAGCAUUGCCUCAUGCUCAUUCAGAUCCUGUCGUACAGGACCAAAGAGACAGUGGUGUUAGUCCCUCACCUAUUUCAAACACAACUCGUCAUAGCCUCCCUUUAGGAGAGACUAUGAAUUCUCAGUAUGUCAACUGUGGUAUGGUAGGUGGAGGUCUGGCAGAUGGCAUUCCAGAGCAGGGUACUGGGGCGAGAUCCACUGCGUUUAGCCAUGUUGAUCAUCAAGUUGGUUUGCAGCAGUCGGAGGCGGUUGUUUUUUCUCAAAAUCCCGAGUCCCUUCAUGAAAGUGAGAGGAUGAAAGCACAUUUAGUUGACAAUUCCAAUCAAUUUAAGAUUGCAGUUACCCAUGGUAUGGUAGGUGUGAUAGGAUAUACUGGUGCAAUUCCUCAGUCUCACCUCGCAGAUACUGUCCAGCAGCAUUUUGUGCCAACGGAGAACCAUCUUAACGAGGAAGCUUUGCACAAACCUAAUAGUCGUGAUUUCCCUCUUUUUUCCGGUGUAAGUAAAGCUUCUGAGCUUUUGGCUCAUGAAUUACCAGUAGACUAUCCUGGUAAACUGCCUCGUGUUUGUUCCAAAGAAGAUGUUGAGGACUCCCGGGUAUCCAGUGAACAAUUAAGGCCAAUUGAUGGGCUCAUGGAAACUCUCCAGAUAUGCCCACCAGAGAGUGUUGCUAAUUACGAGCAGAAUAAGUCUCCUGAUUAUCAAUUGAGAAAGGAAGAGAUCUUGGAUCACAGAACCCAGCCGAUAGCCGGGAUGGAUGUCCUUCUGGAUACCACCUAUAACAAACCUCAAGUGGUCGUCGACUCAAGUCAUGCUAACGAAGUACUGCCUACCUCCAUAGAAGAUUCUUAUGUGUUUAAUUCUCAACCAAUGAAUUCAUAUGUGGUUACACAACCGCCUAUUUCAGGCAACCAAGGACCGUAUCCACAAUCAAAGAUUGGAAUUCAUCUCUUAGACUCUGACGAGUUAACUUAUGGAAACCCUGGAAUCUCUGCUUUCGAGCCAGCCUAUGCUCUUGAUAGGAAUUACCCUGUUGAAUGGAGAAAUGAUGUACAGUUACAACCAAAAGUUGGUCCUACGGAAAUGGAAGCUGCAUUAUAUGUGCCAUCCAGCAGAGUUGAAGAUGUUCAGGAUUCCUCAAAUUCACUAUUCAGCAACCAGGACCCUUGGAAUUUAAGGCAUGAUACUCAUCUUCCUCCUCCUAGACCUAACAAAAUUCUGACAAAAAAAGAAGCUUUUGAUAAUAAGGAUCGUUUCAGCGAGAACCAUUCAAGCAAUGCUGGCGAACUAAUGACAGAAGGGUUGAUGGGGGAUUCAUCUUCAAAGCCACUGAUUAAUGCAAAGAAUGAUUUUCAUACAGAGCAAGAUCAGCCAUCCAAAGGCUCUGUGGAGGAACGUAUCAAGCAAGAGCUUCGUGCUGUAGCUGAGGAUGUAGCUGCUUCAGUCUUCUCAUCAGCUACUACUAAUUCUGACUCAAUGGCUCAUCAAAGAAAUGAAUUAAUUUAUGGAUCAAGUCAAGACAAGGAAGUUCCACACAAAGAUGUAGAAAUGCAGCACAAAGCCAAGUUUGAGGAUAUGAAGAAUAAACGGCCAGAAAAGCUAAAUUUUGGAUUUAUGGUAUCAGAAGGCAUUGGUCGCUUGCAGAUCAUAAAGACUGAUGACCUUGAAGAACUGCAAGAAUUGGGUUCUGGCACCUUUGGCACUGUAUAUCACGGAAAGUGGAGGGGUACUGAUGUUGCAAUUAAACGGAUCAAUGAUAGGUGUUUUGCUGGGAAACCUUCUGAACAGGAUCGCAUGAUAGAAGAUUUCUGGAAUGAAGCAAUUAAGCUUGCUGAUUUGCACCAUCCAAAUGUGGUAGCUUUUUAUGGUGUUGUGCUUGAUGGUCCUGGAGGCUCUGUAGCAACAGUGACUGAAUACAUGGUUAACGGUUCUUUAAGAAAUGCUUUGCAGAAGAAUGAAAGGAGCCUUGACAAGCGUAAGCGACUGCUUAUUGCCAUGGAUGUAGCCUUUGGAAUGGAGUACUUGCAUGGGAAGAACAUCGUACACUUUGAUUUGAAGAGUGAUAAUUUACUUGUCAACCUUCGAGAUCCUCACCGCCCAAUAUGCAAGGUUGGUGAUUUGGGUCUGUCGAAGGUGAAAUGUCACACACUUAUAUCAGGUGGUGUUCGCGGAACUCUUCCAUGGAUGGCACCAGAGCUUCUUAACGGUAGCAGUAGCCUUGUCUCCGAGAAGGUCGAUGUGUUUUCAUUUGGUAUUGUGCUGUGGGAACUCCUAACUGGGGAAGAACCUUACGCAGACUUACAUUAUGGGGCUAUUAUAGGUGGAAUCGUGAGCAAUACAUUGCGGCCAGCAGUGCCCGAAUUUUGUGACCUGGAAUGGAAAUCAUUGAUGGAAAGGUGCUGGUCAUCAGAACCAUCAGAGAGGCCAAACUUCACAGAAAUUGCGAACGAGUUACGUUCAAUGGCAGCAAAAAUUCCUCCCAAGACGCAGCAACAGCCUACAGUUCAACAUUGAUUCCAGGCUAGUUUUACUGUUGCUGCUUUUGUCGGAGUGUAGAAAGCUAUGUAAUUAUGUUGCUAAACCUUUAUAAUACGGGAAGAGUCAGUUAACUCGUAUUGUUUUUAGAAAUUUAUGGCUAAUAUUGAAAAAUAGGAGUCGGUCAGUCCGUAGAAUUGUGUUAAAUAGAUAGGUUUUUUACCUUUUCUUUUUUAAUAUUCUUUCAAUGUGUUAUGUUGCGAUAAAGAUGCCAUUUUGGCAAUCUGAAACCUUCUCAAUGGUGACAUUUGUAUUUUGGGGUUUGGUAAAGAAAAAUCAACACAAUUUUUUGUUUC